AUCCUCAUGUUGUGGCACAAAAUCCAGAGCAGAAAAUUAUGAUGAUGAUGAUGACAGCACACGCCCCUCCAUCUGAUUGCCCGCUCUCCGCCCUCGCUGGUAGGAGCGGGGUGCGUCCACACGCUCCUCCUCUCUAAAUUGCCGCUGUAGCCUUCGCUUUCCAUCUUCCAUCACAGGAUCGCGGACAGAAUGGAGGCCCUGCUGAACGAGUGGCUGUGGCGGGAAGAGUUCUGGAUUCCUCCUGGGAAUCACUGGAAAGACAUGGAGAUGAAGGAAGGAGAGGGCCACUUUCCUCUACCCAGGGAUCUCAUCUACACCUUGCCACUAGCUCUGAUCUUUAUAGCCACCAGAUAUAUCUUUGAGAGGGUCAUCGCCAUCCCCCUAAGCAAAGUCUUAGGUGUGAAGGAUCGGAUUCGGAUUCGAGCCCCUUCCAUCCCAAAGCUGGAAGCUUUCUAUAAACAGCACAGCCAGCAGCCAUCGCAGAGUGAAGUGGUGGGCCUGGGAAAGCAGUGUGGACUCUCGCAGAGAAAGAUCCAGACCUGGUUUCGACACAGAAGAAACCAGGACAGACCCAGCAGCACCAAAAAAUUCUGCGAGGCCUCCUGGCGCUUUGUCUUCUACCUCACAUCGUUCAUAGCAGGGCUCGGCUCUUUAAUUGAUACGCCGUGGUUCUGGGAUCAGAGCGAGUGCUGGAGGGGUUAUCCCAAACAGCCUGUGUCUGAGGCUCAUUACUGGUAUUACAUGUUGGAGAUGGGCUUCUAUUUGUCGCUGCUUCUAAGCAUCUCUGUGGAUGUGAAGCGAAAAGAUUUCAAGGAGCAGGUGGUUCAUCAUAUUGCCACCAUAUUUCUCAUCGGUUUCUCCUACAUUGCCAACUAUGUGAGGGUGGGCACUUUGGUGAUGCUGGUUCACGACUCUGCCGACAUUAUUCUCGAGGUGGGUAAGAUGCUGCACUACGCAUUGUGGGCGACAACAUGCGACUUCCUGUUUGUCCUCUUUGCUCUGGUGUUCCUCGUCACGAGGCUGUAUGUUUUUCCAAGCAGGAUCAUCCACACCACCCUGAUCGUUUCAAUGCAGUUCUACGAGCCUUUCUUUGGUUAUUAUUUCUUCAACGCUCUUCUGUUCGUGCUACAAGUGCUGCACAUCUACUGGGCCUAUCUCAUCCUGCGCAUGGUCUACAGGUUUGCCUUCGUGGGCAAGAUCGAGGGUGACGUGCGCAGCGAUGAGGAAAGUCCGGUAGAUGACAAUGAAGAAGAGGAAGAUGGGGGUGAGUGCAGCUGGGAGCAGAGGAAGGAUGCGAUUAACUCCAGACUGGCAUCGCUGGCUAACAACUGCGUCCUGAACAACCUGACCAACCAGACAAAUAGAAACAGCAGACUACCCAAAACCAGAUAGUGCAGCGGCUUCACAUCGAGUCCACAGCUUCGCUUGAAAAAGAAAUCCUAAUCCCUUCCACUUCCAUGUCUCCAACAUGGUCCGUUGAUGAUUUCAGGGCAGGGUAGGUUUGCCUCCUGAGCAAAGAAGCACAGAUGAUUGUUGAUCCACCGAAUGUGACAUCGGGAAGAAACGCCACCACUCAUAACACUAAUAUCAAAAAAAUCAUAUAAAAACACGUAUGAUGAGAGCGUGUGAUCACUGCGUCGGUGUUCUGCAGGUUUUUACCGAUGCUGUUUCUGGUCCCUGUAUUAUAAGAACUUGAAAAUAUUAAGGACAGCGUUUUAGUUCAUCUUUGCUUUGUUUGAGUGAGAGGUUAAAAAAAUAUUGUGUAUAAUAUGGUGUAAUCUAUUUUAAAUGGAACAAACUACUCUGACUGAUUUAUGUCCACAUGGCUGCUCAUGCAUACAGUUCUGAUUGUAGUAAAUCUGUUGAUAAAUCACUUUAUAGGCUGUUUUUAUUCAUUAUUCACUGUAAUCUGUAUUUGAAUCCCUCUUAUGAUUAAAGAAGUUGUAUUUUUCUGCGACAGAGCUAGAUUUAGACAUUUUAGGAGAACUAUGGCGCCCCCUGGUGCACAAAGAAGACGCUGCCCCUUUCUGAUGCCUUUACAAAAAGUAUUUCUUCUACAAACACGGACGUGAACCGUGUGUGUGUCUGUGCAUCGUGUCUUUUUCUCACUGGCAGCAUGAUUUCCUAAUCGGGUCUUUUGUUUUGUGCCUUGGCUGCUGUGUUUUGAACACUAAGAUAUGAAGUCUAUGUGCUACUAGGGUUGCCCUUUUUGGAGCAACACACAGGAAAGGCCUUAUUGUAACGUGUGUUGCGUGUUUUUGCGUUGUCAUUUCUACCUUUGAAAGCCACGAACCUGAUUCACACAGAUGGGCAUUAUUGACCUAUUUUAGAUACAUCGAUGAAAUGCUCCUGGUUAAAAAUGAAUGUAGAUAUUAGGAGCUGUAUAUUUUAAUAUUUACCAAAUUGUGUUCUGAUGCUUGCUAGUGUGAUUUUACAUGUCUCUUCCCACCGUGCUGCUGCAGAUGAACACUUGUAAUUCACUACCACUGCAUUAGUGGGAACUGGUGAAGAUGACUGGCUGCUGAGUGAACAUGCUAAUCCAGUCAUCAUUUAUGUAACGAUGGCUGUGAUAGGGCUAGAAACAGGGCGUGUCUGUGCAGGGAUGUGAUGUCACUGAGGCCCACCGCACAACAGGGGGUUUAAAGUGAAACGCUGGAGCGCUAAAAGGGCCGAUGCAGUGAAUGAGACCCACCUGGAUGUUGUUUUUAAGAAGAUAUAAAAGCAGGAGACACUUUAUGUCCUCAUGAAACCUGCAUUUGACUUUUAUUAUGAGUGUUAAUUUGUGACAACUUGAACAGUUGAAAUAAAUGACUUCUGAAUAAAAC